AUCCGGUCGUUACACCAUUAAUUAAAGGCCCCCCUCCUAGUCCGACUCCUCUCACCGGAUCCUACCACUUCCGCCACCACGCGGCGAAUCACCCCGCCGCGAAGGGAUUCCGAGGAAUAGUUCGGUAUAUAUGAACGUUUUGAAGGCGGGUCGGACGGAGUCUCCUCUUUUUCCCUUCUUAAAAUCCCGACAGUAAUCUAAUAUUGUCACUUUCCUUUUGCCUCAUCUUUUGAUUUAUUUCCUCGCUUUAUGUCUGUGGAAUUCCCAGUGGAGGGCUAGCCCUCUCGCGCUGCUCCUUCUGGCAUUCGCCCCUGUGGAGACGCGGAAACGUCUUUUCCCAGGGAUUCCAACCGCGUUCCCGAACGCCGCUCCCUUAUAUUUACUCCUUUGAUCUCGCCGCCCCAGCACAACCCCCAGCCCCUCUACUCCUCGGUCCAUCACCCCUUCUCUUUCCCCACCGGGGAAAAAAAACAAACAAAGAAACGUACUUCUGGAUCGUACUAAUAAUUGUUCCAUUAUCGAUUGAGAUCAUGAGCAGGCACGAGCGCCGGUGGGCGUCGGACACCGUGCCCGGAGGGAAGGUCCUCAGCGCCGGAUCGUCGCCGGGGAGCAUGACCGAUGGCGCCGAGGAGUUCGUCGAGGUGACGCUUGACCUCCAGGACGAUGACACCAUCAUCCUUCGCAGCGUCGAGCCCGCCUCGGCCGUGCCGCACGCCGACCGGGACUCGGCGGAGGCGACGCCGAUGUCGGCAUCGUCGAGGUCGCCGUCGAUGGCCCGGAGCUCGUCGCACGGCCGCCUUCGCCAGUUCUCGCAGGAGCUGAAGGCGGAGGCGGUGGCCAAGGCGCGGCAGCUCUCGCACGAACUCAAGGCGGAGCUGAAGCGGUUCUCGUGGAGCCACGGGCACGGGAACCGGGCGGGCGGGGCGUCGUCCUCCGCGGAGGCGUCGGGGGCGCUGGACUCGGCCCUCGCGGCCCGGGCGAAGCGGCGGCAGACGGCGCAGCUGCACCGGACGCGGUCCGGGACGCAGAAGGCGCUCCGAGGUCUCAGAUUCAUCAGCAAGGCGAAUGGCGUGGAUGGGUGGAACGAGGUGCAGAGCAACUUCCACAAGCUCGCCCGCGACGGCUAUCUCUCCCGUUCCGACUUCGCCCAAUGCAUAGGAAUGAAGGAUUCGAAGGAGUUCGCAUUAGAAUUAUUCGAUGCAUUGAGCCGGAGGAGGAGAAUGAAAGCAGAGAAGAUAAGCAAAGAGGAGCUCUACGAGUUUUGGUCGCAGAUCACUGAUCAGAGCUUCGAUUCUCGUCUCCAAAUCUUCUUUGACAUGGUGGACAAGAACGAAGACGGACGAAUUGCAGAGGCGGAAGUUAAAGAGAUAAUUAUGCUGAGUGCCUCUGCAAACAAGCUGGCGAGACUCAAAGAACAGGCGGAGGAAUACGCAGCUCUAAUCAUGGAAGAACUGGAUCCUGAAAGACUCGGUUAUAUCGAGCUAUGGCAACUGGAAACCUUACUGCUUCAGAAGGACACGUACCUAAACUACAGCCAGGCACUGAGCUACACGAGCCAGGCAUUGAGCCAAAACCUAGCAGGGCUGAGGAAGAGAGGGCCCAUCAGGAAGCUGAGCACUAAGGUGGGAUACUACUUGGAGGAGAAUUGGAAGAGAUUGUGGGUGAUGGCACUUUGGAUUGGAGUGAUGGUAGGGCUGUUCACCUGGAAGUUUAUUCAGUAUCGGAACAGGUAUGCGUUCGAGGUGAUGGGGUACUGCCUCACCACGGCUAAAGGUGCUGCCGAGACGCUAAAGUUCAAUAUGGCUCUCAUUCUCCUUCCCGUGUGCCGGAAUUCCAUCACUUUGCUUCGCUCCACCCGGCUUUCCCGUAUCCUUCCAUUCGACGACAACAUCAACUUCCACAAGACCAUAGCGGCAGCAAUCGGAGUAGGGGUUAUACUCCACGCCGGGAACCACCUCAGCUGCGACUUCCCGCGUCUGAUGUCAAGCUCAGAAGAGACGUACGAAGGCUUGAAGCGUGAUUUUGGCGACCCCAAGCCAAGCUACAUGGAUCUGGUCCGAGGCCCCGAGGGCGUGACAGGAAUCCUAAUGGUUCUCUGCAUGCUGGUGGCCUUCACCCUCGCCACCCGCUGGUUCCGCCGGAGCCUGGUCAAGCUCCCAAAGCCCUUCGACAGGCUAACCGGCUUCAAUGCUUUCUGGUACUCCCACCAUCUGUUCAUCAUUGUCUACGUGCUUCUCGUCAUCCAUGGACAAUUCCUCUACCUCGUCCACCAUUGGUACCGGAAAACGACAUGGAUGUACCUUGCCGUUCCUGUUCUUCUGUAUGCCGGGGAGAGGACUUUAAGGACCUUCAGAUCCGGCUAUUACUCGGUCAGACUCCUGAAGGUUGCUAUAUAUCCGGGUAAUGUUCUGACCUUGCAAAUGUCCAAGCCUCCAGCAUUCCGCUACAAGAGUGGGCAGUAUAUGUUUGUCCAAUGCCCAGCGGUCUCGCCCUUUGAAUGGCACCCUUUCUCAAUAACUUCAGCUCCUGGGGACGUUUACCUCAGCAUCCACAUUAGACAACUAGGUGAUUGGACACGAGAGCUCAAGCGAGUCUUCUCAGAGGCUUGUGAACCUCCAGUGGCUGGAAAGAGUGGCCUCCUCAGAGCAGAUGAGACCACCAAGAAAAGCCUACCGAAGCUCUUGAUAGAUGGACCUUACGGUGCUUCCGCUCAGGACUACAAGAAGUAUGAUGUCCUGCUACUUGUCGGACUUGGAAUUGGGGCGACGCCUUUCAUUAGUAUAUUGAAGGAUUUGCUUAACAACAUUGUAAAAAUGGAGGAGCAAGCAGAUUCUAUCUCGGAUUACUUCCCUCCCCCGGAUCAGAACGGACGGGUCGAUCUGGGCACAAUUCUCAAGGCAUCGCGACCGAAGUGGACUCUCAAGACCACCAAUGCAUACUUCUAUUGGGUGACUCGCGAGCAAGGCUCCUUCGAUUGGUUUAAAGGCGUCAUGAAUGAGGUUGCCGAGUUAGAUCAAAGGGGCAUAAUUGACAUGCACAACUACCUCACAAGCGUGUACGAGGAAGGAGAUGCUCGAUCGGCACUCAUCACCAUGGUCCAAGCACUCAACCAUGCUAAGAAUGGUGUUGACAUAGUAUCUGGAACAAGAGUUAGAACACAUUUUGCAAGGCCUAACUGGAAGAAGGUCUUCUCAAGAAUUUGUUCCAAACACCCUUAUGCCAAGAUAGGGGUAUUCUACUGUGGGGCACCGGUCUUGGCUCAAGAACUGAACAAGUUGUGCUUUGAGUUCAACCAGAAAGGCACCACCAGAUUCGAUUUUCACAAGGAGCACUUCUAGUGCCACGUACAUAUAUACUUAAGACAUACGUUGGAGUAAAAUAAUGUAAAGCUUUUUAUUCUUUUUUCUAAGAAGGAUAGCGAACAGAAGGAGACACAAAAGUAUACCUAUAAGCCACAAGGAGAAAGGAAAAAAGAAAAAAAAGAAGGGGAAAAAAAAAAGGAGGGCCAACCACUACCACUGGGGGUUGGUGAGUGCGUUGCGUGGGCCCGCACGACACAAGGCGGAGAAACGGCGACUUCUACGUGGCCACGUGGAACCAGUCGACCGGUGGGGGACAGCUACUACCAGCCGGUGUUUGACUUUGUGCAGUAACGUGGCAUAUCCUUAUUGGCCUACCUCCGGAAGUGGGUUCGAAAGCGAGCGGCAUCGGGUUGGACCAGGACGUCCGUGGGGCCCGCAAGGGGGCCUCCUUCUAGAAGGUGUGGGCGGUAGAACAGUAGAACAGCUGGAUGGAGAGAGCAGCUUAUCCUCGUUCGUUCGAGUUUGGUAGACUAGGAGGCAAGUACGAAUUAUAAAGCAAGCUGUAUAUUCCGAUUGAGAUUAGCUAUUGGGAACAAGAGAGGGGUCAAACUGCAAUGAAGCAUUUAGUUAUUUGGUGGCUGAGGGGACUGUGUCUUUGUUGGUGACCCUGGAGAUAUAUAUGUUUUGCUGUGACCAGAAGAAAAGGUCGACAAUAUGAGAUUGUUAGAAUAAUGUUUGAGUACGCAGCUUAUAGGGAUGAUUGGAGCACGUCUUUAAGUGUAAAGAAAUGGUUGGACCGGUUCAUAUUAUGUGCAUUUGUGCAGCUGUGCAGAGUGCUUGAGUAUUGUUGUUAAUUUCUUGAGGGAAUCAAAGGCAUCAACAUGGGUUCUUGAUAGGUUUGGCAGAACUGUAUUUCUGUAUUGUUUUCUAAUUUGAUUAGCAGAACAGGGAUUACGCUUUAA